UGUGUUGAGUCUUGAAUGUGAACACAAAGCAGGAGGAGUGAGUGGCAAAACCACACACACUACACAGCUGAUGAAAGGGGGAUUAGUAUUACUCCCCCAAUUUCUCAAAGAGUGGGGAUAAUAAGCACAACCAAAUCAAGGGAGAAAGCCCCCAAAUCCCAAUCCCCUCCUCCUCCUCCUCCUCAUCUAGGCCUCAACCCUAGCUUGGGAAGCCAUGGAUCCCACCAAAUCCAGCACGCCCCCGCCGGCGCCGCCGGUGAUGGGCGCGCCGGUGGGGUUCCCGCCCGGCGCCUACCCUCCCCCGCCGGGCGCCGGCGCCUACGCGCAGCAGCUGUACGCGCCCCCGGCGGCGGCGCAGCAGCAGCAGCUGCAGAUGUUCUGGGCGGAGCAGUACCGCGAGAUCGAGGCGACCACCGACUUCAAGAACCACAACCUGCCGCUGGCGCGCAUCAAGAAGAUCAUGAAGGCCGACGAGGACGUCCGCAUGAUCGCCGCCGAGGCCCCCGUGGUGUUCGCCCGCGCCUGCGAGAUGUUCAUCCUCGAGCUCACCCACCGCGGCUGGGCGCACGCCGAGGAGAACAAGCGCCGCACGCUGCAGAAGUCCGACAUUGCCGCCGCCAUCGCGCGCACCGAGGUGUUCGACUUCCUCGUGGACAUCGUGCCCCGCGACGACGCCAAGGACGCGGACGCCGCCGCCGCCGCCGCCGCCGCGGCUGCGGCUGCCGGGAUCCCCCGCCCCGCCGCCGGUGUGCCGGCCACCGACCCGCUCGCCUACUACUAUGUACCCCAGCAGUAAUGUAUCAGCUCAACCUUUUCAAGCCUUCCUAAGUGGAGGAUAUGUUGUUUGUUGCUGCUGCUGCUGUUGUUGUCGCCGCGUAAUAAGAUAUAUGUUGAUCGUUUUAGGGCUUCCCCUGAGCUUAAAAAUUUGAGCUUGUUUGGCGCUAGAAAUCCGGGUAAAAUUGUUGUAAUGGGGAAGCCCAUUUGUAGUGCAUGUAUUAACUUGUCAGAUAGUGUAAUCCGAUAAUUACUAUGCUGUUAACCCAGUUACUAUCUCU